CUCUACUGGAUAUAGUACCUGAGGAGCUGCACCAGGGGCUUCUGCUGUACGGGAUAUAGUACCUGAGGAGCUGCACCAGGGGCUUCUGCUGUACUGGAUAUAGUACCUGAGGAGCUGCACCAGGGGCUUCUGCUCUACUGGAUAUAGUACCUGAGGAGCUGCACCAGGGGCUUCUGCUGUACUGGAUAUAGUACCUGAGGAGCUGCACCAGGGGCUUCUGCUCUACUGGAUAUAAUACCUGAGAAGCUGCACCAGGGGCUUCUGCUCUACUGGAUAUAGUACCUGAGGAGCUGCACCAGGUGCUUUUUAUCUACUGGAUAUAGUAUAAGGGGGUUCCUAUUGGGUAUCAUUGGUAACAUAAGAGAUCUACCAGGGUCAUGUUCUGCUAGAUAUUGUAGGACAGGAGCUUCACCAGGAGAAUCUUCUCUGAUGGAUAUUGUGGGACGGGAACUAUACCUGGACCUUCUUCUCUGCUGGAUAUUCUAGGACAGGAACUUCACCUGGAGCAUCUACUUUACUGGAUAUUGUAGAACAGAAACUGUACCUGGAGUAUCACCUCUGAUAUCCUUGGACAAGUUUCAAAUGGAGCAUCUCCUCUGCUGGAUAUUGUAGGACAGUAGCUACACCUGGAGCAUCUCCUCUACUGAUAUCCUAACACACCUUUUUGUUGGAUAGUAACUCGAAGGACUUCAGUUGGGUAAUGGACUGAAGAAGACUAGGAGCCAUGCUGAGAUAAUAGGACAGAUACCUGUCCUGUUUGCCAGGAAGUUGAGAACCUUUACAGAACCACACCCCUGCACUCUUCAUAGUAGUCUACCAGAUUUUUUUUUUUUUACAACUACUAGAAGAUCUGUGCUCCUGCUUGGACCAUACUAUGGGGCUGUCACAGUCUAGAUCUCUGGUGACUCGGGAGCUUAUAGAGAAGACUGGAUUCUCAGCAGAACAAAUUGAACAUCUACACAAGCGCUUCAUCUACCUAACAGGUGACAAACCGGUUCUCAGCAAAAGAGAUUUGGAAAAGGUCUCAGACUUGGAGCAGAAUCCUAUAAGAGACAAAAUAAAAAAUGCUUUCUUUGACAAGAGAAAUCUACGGACAGGAUCUUAUGGGUAUGAAAGCGAAAUUAACUUUGAGCAAUUUCUCAUCAUUAUGUCCAACUUCCGCCCCAUGGCUGGGCAUAUAGACGAGGAGAACAUUAGUUUAUGUCGUAAAGACAAGCUGAGAUUUCUGUUCAACAUGUAUGAUGCCGACAAUGACAGCAAGAUCACCCUGGAUGAAUACAGAAAUGUGGUAGAAGAGCUACUAUCGGGGAAUCCGCACAUUGAGAAAGAGACAGCAAGGUCUAUUGCAGAUGGAGCUAUGAUGGAAGCAGCCAGCAUUUGUGUGGGGCAAAUGGAACCAGACCAGAUAUAUGAAGGAAUCACCUUUAAAGACUUUUUGAAGAUCUGGGAAGGAAUUGAUAUUGAAACCAAAAUGCUUGUCAGAUUCCUGAACAUGGACACUAUACCUUCCUGCCAUUGAAUCAUCUGGUGCUGGAGUGAAAAUCAUGAUGUAAACUCUUCAUUUAAAGAUGAUCUUGGGGUCUUCAUCAUUUAUAAUAGUAACUUUAUAUUUAAUGCUUUCGGUACUAGUUGUAUUUUGUGCAAACCCUGUCCAUAUGUUCAUUAGGGCCUAUGAACAUCAUAACGUGGGGCGUUCCCCCAUCCAUGCUCCCCUCUAUGAGACAGAACAGAAAGCGCAUCCGUGUAACCAGAUAUAUGUAGUCUUUCCAGAUACAGCUAUAAUUAUGGUUAGCCCUACACUGAAAAAUCUGAACUUUUAUUUUAAGGAAGUUUUGCCAAAUUAGAUGUAGAUUAGCCAGUUAUUGAC